CGCCGUCCCCGCCGCCCGCCGCCGCCGCCGCCGCCACCGGCCGCCCGCCCGCCCGGCUCCUCCGGCCGCCGCCGCCGCUGCGCUGCGCUGCGCUGCCUGCGCCCAGGGCUCGGGAGGGGGCCGCGGAGGAGCCGCCCCCCGCGCCCGGCCCCCGCCCGCCGCGCCCGAGCCCGCGCCAUGGGGCUCUGGCUGCCGCCGCCCCUCGCGCCACCGGGCUAGGGCGAUGCGGGCGCCCCCGGCGCGCGGCCCCCGCGGCCACCAUGAGCCCCCUGCUCCGCCGCCUGCUGCUCGCUGCGCUCCUGCAGCUGGCCCCCGCCCAGGCCCCGGUCUCCCAGCCUGAUGCCUCUGGCCACCAAAAGAAAGUGGUGUCAUGGAUAGACGUAUAUGCCCGUGCCACCUGCCAGCCGCGGGAGGUAGUGGUGCCUCUGACCAUGGAGCUCAUGGGCACUGUGGCCAAGCAACUGGUGCCCAGCUGCGUGACUGUGCAGCGCUGUGGUGGCUGCUGCCCUGACGACGGCCUGGAGUGCGUGCCCACUGGGCAGCACCAGGUCCGAAUGCAGAUCCUCAUGAUCCGGUACCCAAGCAGUCAGCUGGGGGAGAUGUCCCUGGAAGAACACAGCCAGUGUGAAUGCAGACCAAAAAAACGAGAGAGUGCCGUGAAGCCAGACAGCCCCAGGCCCCUCUGCCCACGCUGCCCCCAGCGCCGCCAGCGCCCUGACCCCCGGACCUGCCGCUGCCGCUGCCGACGCCGCAGCUUCCUCCGUUGUCAAGGGCGGGGCUUAGAGCUCAACCCAGACACCUGCAGGUGCCGGAAGCUGCGAAGGUGACACAUUGCUUCUCAGACUCAGUGGGGCCACUUGCCUCACAGCCCCUGCCCCCCGACCCCGAGGGUAUAGGGGCCACAAGGGCAGUCUGGUGAGAAGAGUCCAGUUCCCAAGACCUCAGCCUGGGCAGAAGCUCCUCUCGGACCCGGGCCUUUCAGAGGGCUUUCUGACCGCCUCGUGUCUCUCUGAAGCUGCCGUCCAACAACACGGGCAGCGCUGGAUGAAGAGACUUGAGGGCAGCAAGAGGGAUCACCUAUCAACUUGAGAGACAAUGGGGGCCCGUCUCGGUUUUUAACCACCUUGUGCCAGUUGGCAUCUUACAACUGGCUCCUCCGUCCCCUCACUAAGAAGACCCUGAUCCCCUGCAAAAUAAUGGGAGUUGGGCUUCGGUACAAGAACUGUGAACCCCAGUCCUGAUAAAAGAGAUGGAAGGA